AUGGGAUCUGCGGCCUCCUCGUUGAAAGCCGCGGCGGCCUCCGCCUCGGUGCCCCGGAAUCGCAUUCACAUUGGUGCCGCGGAGCAGCUGGUGCGACCCAGGUGGUUGAUGACCUCACGAGGUCGUGGUGGCGGACGAGUAUGGCAAGCCCGUGACACCGCCACCACUGAAGAGAAUGAGCCCGAUAACGACCCCUGGGCCACUUGGUUGGAUAAAGGGAAAGGAAAAGGCAAAGAGCCUGCCGCCGCCGCUGAAGCACAACCUCCUGGAGAUCUUCAAGAUCAUGAGUCUUGGCCUACCGCUUCUUGGCAUGGCUCUUGGGAGGACGAAGCAUGGCAGGGUGAAGAAGGCUGGGGCGAUGAGGCUUGGCAUGAGGACGCAUGGGGGGGGGUGAUGAGUCUUGGCUUUAUCACCAUUAUGGUGGUCCUCGAUACCAUGCCUCGAGCACCGGCUGGGAUGACGCAGCAUGGGAUGCCGCUUCGUCCGGAAAUGGAUGGCUGUCAGAUGCCCAGCUUCGCCGGUUCAACACGGUUGUCCGAGGCUGAGGAGCUGUCCCUGCUGGCUUCCGUGGGCAACGAGUAUGACGUCAGGAAACUUCAGCAUGCAGCCUUGGUUCAGGACAGGACCUUACGUCAUGCUCGCACUGCACCCGCGGCUGCGGAUGGCUACAAGCAGAAGCCUCGAUGGAAGCAUUCGGUCCACAUGACCAUGGAUGGGGCAUCCUCUGACGACGAAGACGCCCAAGGUAGCCCACCCGAUCUGGCCGCCUGUUCAGCUGGAGAGAUUUGGAUCCCAGUCUCGCAGGUAUACAUGAGCACCGCUGCCACGACCGAUCGGGGUGUCGAGGAGGCUUCCUUUCAAAGCAAGUUCUACCCCAAGAAGGUCCCCCGGGAGAUUGAGAACAUGUUGAAGGACGAGAUCAUCAAGGAACUGGAAACAGUUCACGACCUGACGGUCAACCGGAAAUGGCUGCUGCCCGAGGUCCGUCAAUUGCUCAUCGAGGCCCGGAAGGGGAAGAACGAACAGUCCGCGGUGGAGGACCCCAUGAAGGGCAUCACACGGCUAUCCUUGGCCGAGCUCAUGGAGGAAGCCAAGAAGUCAGGCAUUCAGCUCCCUUCCAAGCCGACGAAGGGGUGGCUCAUCCACCAACUGAGGGAGGCUCGCUCCACGCCAGCGGACACGGUGGUCCCGUUCGGCAAGUUCAAGGGAUGGCUUUACCGGGAGCUCCCUCCUGGCUAUCUUCGCUGGGCUGUGGCGGAGGUGAAGGAGAAGCGGGAGGAGGCCCACCCGGACCUGGCGCGCUUGGCAGCCUGGUCCAAGAUCGAGCUCGAGCAGAAGACCGCUUCCAAUCCGGCGACCCGCAACCUGGCCAAGGAUCCCGAGGCACUGGCGUCUGUGCCAGUGCCGACGCUCGAGGAACUAUCAGAGGGCCAGAGCUCGGCAUCGACAUGGUCCAAGAUCUCAGCGGUCAAGCCGGCGGCCAAAAGCUUCCAUCCUCAGAAGCGUGUGACAAGGCGGGAGGACAUGGAGACCGAUUCGAUGCCGGAACUGGAGGUGGUGGACCCCGACGAGGAGAUCCUGGUCCUGGAGGGAACCGAUGAUGAGGGUGGCCUCGUCUUCCUGUGCGAUUACAUCCAUGAUGAUGAUGGCAAUGAGUAUAAGGCGGUGCCUGAGGACGAUGACACCGUCACCACCCUUCGCACGGAGAAUAUAAACGAUGGCCAUGCCUAUUUGCUUGAGGACGAUGGCGGUGACCUCAUUAAGCCCGAGCAGGCCCCAAAGAAUGUGUGCAUGACUCAGCUGAGUCCCAGGGAAAAGGCAAAGGCGGGCAUCCGUCAGAGGAAACGGAUGAGCGAAGGCACUGGGAAGAAGCUUCGCCGCCAGAUGAACGCUUUGGCCAUGGCUUUCAUGGCUUGCACUUGUGCUAUGGGUUCCUGGGCUCAGGAACUGGCGGCAGAUCCGGUCAACGACCUGUACAACGUCUUUUGCUCUUCCCAGGUCAUCUAUGAGGCCGCCUACCAGACGGCCCCUGAGGAGGUGCAGUGUCUUGAGCUGUUCGCCGGUCAGGCGAGAGUCUCGGAGGCCUUCGCUCGACGUAAGAGAGGAGUGCUACAGCCUCGUGAUCUUCGUUUGGGGCACGACUUCCGGCUGGAAGAGCAUCGACAGGAGAUGGCUCAAUCCCCGGAAGGGGAAAUCUAUGAGGAGAUCGACGACGAUGAUGCGCCUGGCCCUGAAGAACUCAGACCUCAGGAUAUGGCGGGCCGCGCAGAUAUGGAGGACCAAGAGCUGACAGAUGCCUUGGCACAGCUGGACCCCGCUGAUUUGGCCAAGUUGAAGACAGCCCUAGGCAUCAAUGUGGUGGUCGUUGGAUGGGGUCCUGUGGGACACGCCGUGGUCACCAAGCUUUUGGCCAAGAGCGCGGCCAUGAAGAUUACAGUGAUCACCGAGGAGAGCUAUCCGGCCUACAACCGGGUGAAGCUCAGCAGCUUCUUUGAGCAUCGAGAUCCCAACAAAUUGGCCCUCAGUAGCGCGGAGUGGUGCCGCGAGAAUGGUGUGGAGUUGGUUUUCGGUCGGGCCAGCAAGGUGGAUCGAGCGGCCAAGACAGUGGAUGUGGACUGCGGCGGGGAGACCAAAACGGUAUCCUAUGACGAGCUCGUCUUGGCGACUGGGAGCAAAGCGUGGUUGCCGCCAGUUCCAGGCCUCUCCUUGGAGGUUGCAGGUGUGUUCGUGUAUCGAACCAUCUCAGACAUCUUCCAGAUCACGGAGCGGGCGAAGUUCUCAAAGAAGGCCGUGGUCAUCGGUGGAGGUCUACUGGGACUGGAAGCUGCCAAGGCAGCUUACGACCUGGGUCUCGAGACGACCAUCCUGGAGGUGGCACCACAUUUGAUGCCGGUGCAGUUGGACUUGGACGCGGGGAAGAUUCUGCAGAGCAAAAUCGAGGCUCUCGGCUUGAAAGUGAAGACCGGCGUGAAGGUCUUGGGUGUGGAGACGGGGUCUGAUGGCUUGACGGGCGUGAAGAUCGAGGCAGAGGGUCAAGAGGAGACGUUGGAGGCCACCUUGCUCAUCGUGGGCGCCGGAGUGCGGCCGCGCCAGGAGCUGGCGGAGAUGAGCGGCCUAGAGCUGGGCGGACGGGGAGGCAUCAAGGUGGACCAUCGCAUGCGCUCGGCGACUGACGAGCACGUUUGGGCUGUGGGCGAGAUCGCUUCCUUCAACGGCGGCAUGUGCUACCAGCUCUCAGCCCCUGGAUACACUCAAGCAGAGAUCCUCGCGGAUCAUAUGACUAAUCCCAAGGCGGAGUCGAAGUUUGCGGAUGCAGACCUCUCCACGAAGCUGAAGCUGCUGGGUGUGGACGUGGCCUCCUUCGGUGGAAGCUCCGAUUUCUGGUUCAAGCGUCAAUAUAGCUCGUCCGGCGAGGAGAUCAUGUCCAAAGUCUCCAAGGAUGAAGCUGCUGGCGUCUACAAGAAGUUGGUGUUCACACCAGACGGCACCAAGCUCUUGGGUGGAAUUCUGGUUGGAGACAUCUCUGCCUUUGCACCCUUGACGGCCGUGUCGAAGCGCUCGGACCUGGGCGGCGUUUCGCCUGACGAGCUCAUGGCUGGGCAGAUGCCCAAGGUCGACGACGGCGGUGAUGGCACCAACCUGGGGGAUGAUGAUCACGUUUGCAACUGCCACUCUGUGCCAAAGAAGGUCAUCAGAGAUGCUAUCAUGAAGGGAGCCCAUACCUUCGAGGAGAUUAAGAAGUGCACGAAAGCUGGAACUGGCUGUGGCACCUGCAUCCGCAAUGGGCCGCAGCCGAAGCUCCUGGCCCACACCUUGAAUGCCAAAGGAGUGGAGGCAGGGGUCUGCAAGAGCUUGCCCUUCACCCAUGAUGACAUCGAAGACCUGGCGAAAGCGCGGCAGUUGAAGAGCUAUGAUGAGCUGGUGUCCCAUUUGGGUUAUCCUUCGGCGGCCGCGGAGAGCGACAAGACCGCGCUGGGUGGCCUUUUGGACCGGAUUGGCGGAAAGCCCAAGGGAGAGGGCUUGGAUCAUCUUGGACAAUUGAAGGCACUCAAGGAGGAUCUUUGGAAGUUUGUGGAUAAGAUGAAUUGCAACCCCAUCCUCGUCCGCCUGGCAUGGCAUGACGCCGGCACCUAUGACAAGUCCAAAACCGCCUUCGGAGAGCGUGGUGGGGCGAAUGGCUCAAUCCGCUUUAGCCCAGAGAUCUCCAUGGGGGCCAACAACGGCUUGGACAAGGGGGUGAAGUAUUUGGAGCCUUUCAAGGCCGACUAUCCUUUGGUCUCCUAUGCAGACCUUUAUCAGAUGGCUGCUGCAGUCUCCAUUGAGCAUGCGGGCGGCCCAAAGAUUGAUAUGAAGUAUGGCCGAAAGGAUGCCUCCGGCCCAGACGAUUGUCCGGGGCGCCAGUCUCGAGGCACCGCUGACAAUGCCGGACUACCUGAUGCUGAGCCGGGACCCGAUGGAGCCUUUGGGUGUGGCGCUAAAGAUGCGGCCACCCACUUGAGGAAUAUUUUCUACAGGAUGGGCUUCGACGACAAGGGCAUCGUGGCACUCAGUGGUGCCCAUACCAUCGGCAGAGCCUUCAAGGAACGUAGCGGUACUGUGAAGGAGGGCUAUGGAGAGAGCUCAGCUUGCCCGUACACACGUUCCAUGCCGAAGGGCUGUCCCAUCCGCAACGACGGUGGCUAUGGAGUAGGGAUGCCAGGAGGAAAGUCUUGGACGACGAAGUGGCUCAAGUUUGACAAUGAGUAUUUCCAGCCGUCGGUCUAUGAGGAGAAAGACAAGGAUCUUCUAUGGUUAUCUUCCGAUCGAUGCUUACAUCAGGACGAGGGCUUCAAGCAAUAUUUUAUGCUCUACAAGGACGAUCAGGCUGCCUUCUUCCGAGACUUUGCUGAGGCCUACAAGCAGCUCUCAGAGCAAGGCGUGAUCCAACGAGCUCGACAGGUGCACCAACGCGCGCUGAGAGCGCUAGAAGACUGGAGCGGGCCAUACGUUGCAGAAGAAGGUGAAUACUACUACAACCUUCGACUAAAGGUCAGCACUUGGCACAGCCCGGUGGCUGAGUGGGAGCAGGAGCAGCGUGCCAUGGGCUCGGACUUCCUUUCCGCCCUUCGGCUCCCACUGAACCUGGUGCGUCGUGACAGUGGCACACCUCCCUCUACACCCUCCACGACGCGGUCUUUCCACACUGCACGAGACCUAGGACAGAGCAUGGAUGGGUCGGAUGCACUGGUUGGUUCUAAACCAAGAAACUAA